AUGCACUCUACCGAUGUGUUCAUAAGCCAUGCUGGCCCGGAUAAGCUACACAUCGCACGUCCCCUUUUCGAGAAAUUGCAAGCUCAUGGUUUAAAUUGCUUCCUCGACAAAAUCUCGAUGGAGCCCGGGGACUGCGGAGGGGAUGAAAUGACGAAGGCUAUGGAGUCUGCGAAGGUCGGUGUUUUCAUACUUUCUCCCGAGUUUGCGGCUCGAAAGUGGACGAUGAGGGAACUGCGUUGCUUCCUACGCCGACGGAGUGAGGCGAUAGGGAGUGGGAUGCGACCACCGACACUGAUUCCAGUGUUUUACAGACUAAGUAUUCGUGAAUGCAGAGAGUUGGAUCCAAAUGAUGAUGAAAGAAAGAAUAUGUUUGAAGUUGAGAAGUUUUUUAGCGACGAACGACAGCGCGAAGCGAGCACGGAUAUGGUGAAGAGGGAGCUACAAGAGCUGGCAGGUAUCACUGGGAUUGAAAAUGACGAAAGGGCAACAAACCUGCCCGGAGAUGCAUUCGGCCAUCUUGCAAGGGCAAAUCUUGUGGAGAGAGUAUUUCUGUGGGUGAAGAAGAAAUGUGAGGAGGAUUCAAGUGAUGAAGUGAGAGAAGUUUUGAAUGCAAGUGGCCAAGUUGGAACCCAAGCUGCCGUCACGUCCACCGCACGAUGUACGCUUGAUGUGUUCACGCCCUGUAUACACGCAGAGCACAAUCCCGACGAAAUAUAUUUGCAACUGAAUUCUCGGGGGAUCGAUGGAUCACCGAAUACGUGUGAGGCGCGGCUAAAGGAGGCCGUGCUAAGUACCGAUAGGAAUACAAGUAUAGGAGCGACGGCAACGGGGAAGGGCGGAGUCGGGAAGACAUGCGCUCUUCGAGCGAUUGCGCACGACGAUGACAUCAAGGCUCGGUUUUCAGGCGGAGUGUACUUCAUGUCCUUGGGGAAAGACGCCAACGUAGGGCGGCUGAUUGAGCAACUGUGUAUAGCCGUAGAGGCGUCUGGUGGCAACCAGGCGGCUGCGAAAAUGCGGGAGCAAAGCGAGUUGAGCAGGGUACUGACCAAGAUGCGAGCAUGGUUCAACACACGUGUAUGCCUGUUCAUUAUUGAUGAUGUGUGGGCCGUGAAUGGUAUAGAUGCGUGUAUGCUUCAGAAGUUGUCCACUCUCGCUGACACAGCAGGAGACAGCCGAGAGAGGAGCAGACUUCUGUACUCCACGAGGGACUCAAAGCUGAAAUGGGUCGGUAAGCGAGUGACUUUCGAGCCGAGGGAAAGGGAAGGGAGCGAUUCAGUUCACAUGCUCAUGCUCGCGAGCGGGGCGAACCUGGAGGAAGCGAAUGAUCCGAGAUGCAAAGAGGCUGUGAGCAAAAUCUUGAAAUUGUGUGCUGGUUUGCCGCUGGCUCUGAACGUAGCCGGGACGGGUGUCAGGUACAUGAGAGAUAGAUGGGAGGGAGAAGAGUCACAAGCGUGGGAGGCAUACCUUUCGAAGUUGAAGAGCGGCACCACGAUUCGUAGUGAGAGUCCAGAGGAUGGGUAUUCGUCGUUAGACGCGACAUUACAUGCGGCACUAGAGAUUGUGGAGUCCGGCAUGGGGAGCGAUGCGGAGAGGUUAGGUCAGUUUUCGUUUCGAAAGAUACAUCGGAGUCUGUGUGUUAUGAAGAAGCAAGACGGGAUGCCUUUGUCGUUGGUAAGAGAUUUGUGGGAGAUGGACUACGAAUCGGCUGAAAAGUACGCGAUUCAGAUGGAAAGGGUUGGUUUAGUAGACCUUCAUUACGACAAGGCUUGUGGGUGGGUACGGAUGCAUGAUCUGACGCACGAUUUUGCGGUGCAGGAGGCGCUGAAGGAAGAAAGUGUAACGGUUUGGUAUAAGAAGUUGGCAGAUGUAUGCCGGCAGGGAAGAGGACUGCUUGGUAUGACUGAGAGCGAGGGUAGAGAGGGCAAGGAUGCCAGAGAGAAGUAUGUUUUCGAGAAUAUCUAUCGCGUUCUGAAACAGGGUGGGUAUGUGGAGGAGCUGAAGGAUCUAUUUUUGAGAGCGCGAUGGGUGAAGGCAGUGAUACAGAGAGGAAGUGUGUGGCAAUACGAGGAAGCUGUAAAGGAUCUCAAUAGCUUUUUGAGGAACACGGGAGGAAGCGAGAGCGUUUUAAGGGAUACGGGAGAAGAAGAUUCGGUGUAUGCGAUGGAAUUGAUGAUGAGAGCUGCACGACUGAGUGUACCUUUUUGUGGUGAAAGCAGUGCAGGGAUUUACUUUCAUCUGUACGGGAGAAUCAAGCACAGGGCAUCACAAUUAGGAAGCGUGCGAAGGAUACUCGAGGAAAUCGAGGAACAUGCGCCACGACCAUGGCUGCGGCCUGUGAGUGAAUGUGUAGGGCGAGCGGGAGGAAGUUUGAUGGAGCAGAUUGUGCUUCCGAGUACCGUUUACGAAGUCGGCAUAGACUCAACGGGUGGCGUGUAUGGACUGUAUUUGAACCCGAACCGUACCAGGAUCACAGUUUUCACACAGUCUCCGGACAAGCUAAUGAAGAUGACUGAAUUAGACAACGAUUUUGAAACGGGGAGCCGAAAAGUAACGUGCGGUUGUGUCAGUAUGAGCAAACGCUAUGCGGUUAUCGGAUAUGCUGAUGGGACACUACAGUUCUGGAGUGUAUCGGAAAAGAAGGUGUUGUGGAGUGUCUGCGGUCAUGAACCGCGGGUGUCUAGUGUUGCGAUAGGUGGUGAUGGAAAACGUGCAGUAUCUGGAUCGGAUGACGAGAGCGUACGAGUUUGGGACGUGGACACAGGAUUGCAAAUCGGCGACGCAUUAACUGGACACACGGGUUCGGUGUGGAGCGUUGGGAUGAGUGGUGAUGGAAAACGUGCAGUAUCUGGAUUGGAAGACGGCAGCGUACGAGUUUGGGAUGUGGACACAAGACUGCGAAUCGGCGACGCAUUAACUGGAAAGACGGGUGUGGUGUCUAGCGUUGCGAUGAGUGGUGAUGGAAAACGUGCAGUAUCUGGAUCGGCCAAUAGAGUACAAGUUUGGGACUUGGACAAAGGACUGCAAAUCGGCGACGCAUUAACUGGACACACCCAUUUAGUGACGAGCGUUGCGAUGAGUGGUGAUGGAAAACGUGCAGUAUCUGGAUCCUGGGACGAGAGCGUACGAGUUUGGGACGUGUACACAGGACUGUAA